GGAUGAGAUGAUACAGAGAGAUUGAAGUUAGUGAAAGUUUUGGAGUGAUGAGUGAUGACAACAUUCUCUAAUGUUGUUCUGAUCCUUUAUAAUUUUGCCUCUGAGAAACAAUUUUGAUAUGGUGGUGUUGGGGAGUUCUUGAGUCAGUUACUGUAAUGUUUGAAGCCAACUCUUGGAAUUAGAAACUACUACUGCUAUUGUGCUAGUUAAGUUUAAGAUUAUUGUUCUAAUCUUAUCCCACUUAUUGUUUAGAGUUGGCUUGCUUUAUAACUGGAUUUUAUGUUGGAUUUUAGAAUGGGAAAAGAACUUGCUCUGUCUUCUCCAUUCUGAAUCUCAAUGGAGUUGGUGGUUUGUUUUCUUGCAGCUCAUCGGUUGAAAACAAAGGGCACCAUCCAUGGAGCAGGACGCAGAGUUGCCACUUUUAGCUCUGUUCCAAGGCAUGCUAGGAUGAUGGGGUACCCGAGAACAUAUCUAGUGGAAAUGGGGUGAAAAAGCUCUAGCAUAGCUCUUUCUUUCUCGGGUCUCCUUUCAAAGGAAAAAGGCUGGUGCAGUUAGUAGCUAAAGGUUUCACUCAAACAUGUGGUCUCGACGCGAAAAGAGCUUGCUUUCUACUUUCUACGUCUGCAUUUUGUGUCCAGCCCGCAAAAGGGAAAAUCGUGGAGAGAUGUAUCAUGUCAGGAUUCGUUGCUCAAAUUGAAUCCUUUCUUUAUCAUUGUUUCUAUUCGUAUUAUUUGUAACUUGCCACUUGAUUUGAUUCGACUGAACAUCUCGACCAUUAACGAAAAUUUCACCCACAUCCGAUAGGUUGGGCGCUCGACCAGCUUACAAGUUGGAGGAGGCUCCAACUAUCCUUAAAUUUUUUUUAAAAUAACAUAAUAAACUCAAAGUAUGAUGUGUGUAUAUAUAAAAAAAAUGUUAAAUUCUAUAUAUUUUUAGUUAAAUUAAAUUCUCAACGGAUUGUCCAAGAGACUAGACAAAGUCAACUGUCCAAAGCCUUUCCUUUACAAAUCCCAACGGUCUCCCAGUCUCUGUACGCCGCCGCCGUCUCCGGCCACCGCGCCACUCUACGAAAAUGCUCGUCUUCUUCCUCGCAGCCUUCUUCCUCUUCACGGCAUCCAACUCCUCCCUCUUCCCCAUCGACGAAGCCACCAUCGCCGAUAUCCACAGCGCCUUCUCCCAAAACCACCUCACCUCCAGGCAACUCCUCGAUCAUUACCUCAACAAGAUCGACCUCCUCAAUCCAGUGCUUCGCAGCGUUCUGGAAGUGAAUCCGGACGCCAGAGCUCAAGCGGAGGCCGCCGAUCGAGAGCGGGACCUGGCCGGAGGAAAAGCCCUAGGCGAACUUCAUGGAAUCCCGGUGCUGCUCAAGGAUUCCAUCGCCACCAAGGGUCCGCUCAACACCACCGCCGGAUCCUUCGCAUUGCUCGGAUCCGUGGUGCCCCGAGAUGCGACGGUGGUCGCCCGCCUGAGGAAAGCCGGUGCGGUGAUUUUGGGCAAAGCUUCGCUCACCGAGUGGUACGGAUCUCGUUCUUUGAAGAUUCCCAAUGGCUGGUGCGCUCGUGGGGGUCAAGCCCUGAACCCAUAUGGGAAAGAAGGGGAUCCAUGUGGGUCAAGUAGUGGCUCUGCAAUAUCGGUGGCAGCCAACAUGGCGGCAGUGUCGCUGGGAACUGAAACAGAUGGCUCAAUUCUAUGUCCCGCAGAUUACAACUCAGUCGUCGGCAUCAAACCCACCGUCGGUCUCACGAGCCGGGCCGGCGUUAUCCCGGUCACUCCUCGGCAAGACACCAUCGGGCCUAUAUGCAGGACAGUUUCAGAUGCAGUUUAUUUGCUUGAUGCCAUAGUGGGGUUUGACCCAAUGGACUCUGAAGCAACUAAAGCAGCAUCUGAGUUCAUUCCUUGUGGUGGCUACAAGCAAUUUCUGAGGAAAGAUGGGCUCAAAGGGAAGAGACUGGGCAUUGUUAGGCAUCCCUUUUUUGACUUGUAUACCAACGGCUCCAUGGCCAUUCCAACCUUUGAACAUCAUGUCAAUCUGCUGAGGAAAAGUGGAGCAACCAUUGUGGAUAACCUUCAAAUAUCAAAUAUAGAUACAAUUCUGGAUCCUUAUGGGAGUGGUGAACUUAUUGCAACAAUAGCUGAGUUCAAGCUCGCCAUUAACGAUUACCUCAAGAACCUGAUCCACAGUCCAGUCAGAUCUCUGGCUGACAUUAUUGCCUUCAACAACAACCACCCUGAACUGGAGAAGAUGAACGAGUAUGGGCAAGACGCCUUUCUUUUAUCCGAUCAAACAGAUGGGAUCGGCAAGGCGGAGGAAGAGGCAAUUAGUAUGAUGGCAAACUUAUCGAGAGAUGGGUUCGAGUUGAUGAUGAAGACCUAUAAUCUGGAUGCAAUGGUAACUCUAGGGACAUCAGCUGAAUCCGUCCUAGCAAUUGGGGGAUACCCUGCAAUUUCUGUUCCUGCUGGAUAUGAGGGAAACGGUGAUCCAUUUGGCAUCCUCUUUGGGGGGCUCAGGGGAACCGAAACGAAGCUAAUCGAGAUCGCUUAUGCAUUCGAACAAGCGACCAUGGUACGAAGGCCUCCUCCUCUGCCUUUUGAAUUAUUAGAUUGCAACUAGAAAAAUUUCUAACUGUCUAGUAGGAUGUUGUAACCUUUGGAAAAAUAAGUUCUCUGCUGGGAGCAAUGUUCCUUUUGACUGUAUAUUUGCUUUCCACUUUUAAGUAGUUGACUAGCUUCCUGUUUCAAAUAUUAUCUCAAUGAUAUUGAAUGUGUCCAUCACAACGUGGCUACUCCCUAAUAUCCGGUGGAUGCUAAUUUGAAUAUAUUUUAUAUAUUUUUUGA